CCAAAGACUCAGGGGCUCAUCUUGCUUGCCCCUAGCUCCUCUCCCAUCGACCAACACGUCCUCCACACCUUUAUUUCUCCAUAUUUUCGUUAUUGCUCGCCAGCCGAGGCCCCUGUCAGCCCGUCCCAACAGCUCCAUGAAGGUCGAUACACAGAGCUUGGAAAAGGAGGUUGAAGUAGAUCAUAGAGCAGAGGCAGUCAUCGCUGCAGAGGACGAGGUCGUCGUGUCGCGCGAUGAUCAGGGCAGCUCCAAUGACACGAACACCACACCCGAAUCGUCUGAGAUUCGCGCGUCCUCGCCACCCCGCAGACCCUUGACUCGCUCGCAGACAGGUCGUCCAUCGAAACGACGAGUGCUCGAGGACAACGCACUCGAUCGUGACAGCUCUUCGCCGCCACCAGUGAAGAAAUCUCGUACCUAUCGUAAGCGCGCUGCUCAAAAGGGACAAGGCGAGGUGGCCGAUGUUCCACCACCGGCCCCAUCUUCCCGCGAAAACUCUACAGCCAGUUCCUCCGCGGAUAUACCCACUCUAAACUCGAACAGUGUUACGUUUCUGGAUGGUUUAGACGACUCAAAUGUGCCCUCUGAACGUCGUGGUCCCAAGUCACGCGCAAAUCUACCAGUUCCUGUGCCCAAUCUUACCAAGAAAAGUCGCGGGCGAAGAGUUCCCACCACUGUGGUGUUGCAGCCAGAGGAUUUGAAGAAGGAUAAACGGACGUAUGUCUGCUCAGUAGAAGGCUGCGGUAAGUGUUUCCAUCGCGGAGAGCAUCUGAAACGCCAUAUUCGCUCCAUUCACACACACGAGAAACCUUUUAAAUGUACAUACCCGGAUUGCGAAAAAUUCUUCAAUCGACAUGACAAUCUCCUCCAGCACCUCAAAGUUCAUACUCACAACAAGCGCCCGCUUCCCAGCGAUGGCAGCGCAGACAGUCUUCUAGCCGAUCCAGCUCAGAAUGAGACUGAGCCGGCCGCUCUGGCUGCUUCCAAGCCAUUGGCAUCUUCUAGCCUCCUUGCUGCCCUCCAGCAACAGGCGUUCACACCAUCCGUGGUCGCUCGGUCGUAUGCCUUGCCUUCUGAAGAACUUUUCACUAAAACGAACAUGGCCGUCUCGUCUGUUCGGACGGAGAUGCCCCAAUCGCCUCCGCGGAUGUCGAUCGCACAAUCGUCGGUACGCGAUGCGCCUCCGAUGAAUUUUCAUCCAUCCCAGAACGGUUCCCCACCUCUACUUUUGCCCGUCGCCACCGGACAAAACUGGCCCCCCGGCGUAGCGUAGUUUUCCUUGUCGCCACACACGUUUAGUUUCCGGAUGACUCUACGUUAUUUAACCUUUAUUGAUUCGGGUCUGCUGCUCUGAUAUAUGUUUGAAGGAGCUCUUUAUAGUUUUUCACUACCCAUGCUGAAUCUUGUUCUUUUUUUGUUUUUCAUCCACCAGAUUCAACACAUAUAUAUAUACCAGCUCGUAUGCCUGGCGUGGUAAACCGCUUUGGACUAUUGUUGUAUGGCUUUACUUACUAUCCAAUUCCUACCUACAUCCUAUUAUAAUUUACCAUGUCCCCAGUCUGAAAAUUUAAAAUCCC